AUGGCUUAUGGAGUGGUUCACAGGGUUAGGCGCUCCUCAAUUAAAUUUGCAAACAAAUGGGUCUUAAGAUCCGCUCUGAACUUCGUAGGGGAAGGAGAAAUAGUAAGAGAAGGAGGUAGAAAUUUGACAACAAGAUAUGGAGAUAUAUGGGAAAAGAUAGGGGCACGAGCAGCAGAGUUGAAAGCUUUAGGUUUCAGACCUGCUCACAGUACUGAAACUUCUUUACUCAAACUACACAAUGAUAUCUUUUUCUCUAGUGACAAUAGUAAUCUUACUCUUCUUCUUGCUCUUGACUUUUCCUCGGCUUUUGAUACUGUUGACCUACUAUUCUCUUGA